AUGGCCCACAAAGGCUGCUUCCAACACAGCUGCCUGGGUUGGGCUUUGCGACUGAUCCUGGCAUGGAUUUUCUUGGUGGCCUGUGGAGGGAGCCACCCACUGCAAGCUAGGUCCUGGGGACACCCUGGGCUGGCAGCCAAGGUGAACACAGACCAGCUGCAGCUAACAGGGCACCUUCAGUCCUCGGUUCUACCACCUUACCCAAGGAUCCAAGUUCCUGGUUCACAGAUACCACCAGUGCCAGAACCUUGCUGUACUGCAGAGACAGACAGACCAGAGCCAUCAAGCCCAGAGAGCUUUCUAGAGAGCUGCGGGGCACCAAGCCCAGAAUGUGAAUUCUUCCUGGGACAUCUUCAACGAGCCCUCCGCGAUCGCUUCUACCCACUGCUGUUCCGGGUACUCUCAAUGCAGCCUCUCUGCCCGGAGCUUUGCCAGAUGUGGUUCACCACCUGCCACACAGAUUUUAUUUGUGGCCCAACUUGGCUGCAGUCCUCUGGAAAGAGAGGCUGUGAGCCCAGCUGCCCCACCUAUGGGCAGACCUUCGCCAACGCCACAGAUCUGUGUCACUCUGUUUUGGGUCACGCCCUGCGGGUGGCAGCUCCUGGAUCGAGUCACUGCCUCAACGUCUCCGUCUCCAUCUCCUCUCCAGGAUCCCGCCGCCGCCGCCCUCGUGCCUGGAUUUCAAAUGUUGCAGGCAGCGGCAGCGGCAGCGGAAGUGGUGACAGCCCUGAGUAG